GGGAAGACGUUCAAGCUUUUCUAUGCUAGCAGAGCCGAAUAACUGUUUUAUUGUGUCGCACCCACGUUUACGUAUGACUGAAUAUUUGUGCGCGUAUAAUGAUCGGCUGGCUUGCUCAGUCAAACGAGGGGUGAUGGCAUUCCGCGGUUAGGAGGGUGUCGUUCGCUGAUCGCAUCCGGGUAGAAUGAAGCACCUUUACGCGAAAAUCUUCGUGAAAGAUUAUUGUUGAGGAGCCUGACGACAACUUCUCGUCUUCGUUGAUCCAAGUAAAAAUGAAAGGAAAGAAAAAAAAAACGGAGGAAACUAUCACGCUCCAGGGCAGCUCGGAGUGUGUGUGUGUGCGAUGAAUGGAUCCACGCCUUUCUGUGUCAGUAAUCACUGUAGCGUAGGACUCUUUCCUCGUAGGUUUUCGCUUCUAGGUGCGUUCGGGAAGCCAGGUGGGUGCUAUAUAUAAAGAAGAAUAACUGGGUUUCGAGUCUGUCUGCCUGUUCCCUCCCCUCGUUUUCUUGCCCUCCUCCUCUCCGCACCUUUUCGCCCACUCGUAACGGACGAGAGGAGGCGCCCAGAAGGAGCCGCGUGCUCGAGGAGGAAAGAAAACCUAACGGGAAAGCCACCGGGCAAGUUCAAAGAUCCGCGCUGUUCUAGUUUCGGCGCAGCUACUACGGCUGGUCUCCUCUAGCGCGCGUAUAUUCCCCACGGGAGCCCCGCGAAAAAAGCCCGCCCGCCGCUUUGGACUAGCCGGAGAGAAGACGUCCAACGAAUACGCCGCCGUCGCUGCUGCAUUCGUCCGGGAUCCAUCUCUAUGCAAAGUGAAGUGCUUUUGUGUCCGGUGACUAGAGCUUGAAGAGGAUUGCUCGCUCUCUCUCCACUCUUUGGAUUAGUUUUUGUGGAGCUUUGCGGAGCAAGAGUCAACAGCGGAGGCAGGCAGCGCGUUCGCAUGGCGGCCACUCGGAUCCUGGCGCCCCCUAACCAAGACGGCGGCCUCGGCGGCGGCGGGACGCUGCCCGAGGAGCUCCAGAAGGUGGCCGCCGAGGAACUCGGCGAGGACGCGCGCAAGCGGGACCUGUGCCUCGUCAAGCUGCGCAACCUAUUGCAGGGAGAGACGAGCCUGCAUUCCCGCAUGGACGACGAGUUCCUGCUGCGCUUUCUACGCACCAAGAAGUUCAAGGUGGAAGUGGCCUACCGCACCAUCCGCAACUACUACCGGCACCGGCGCGAGUCACCCGAGAUCUUUCAGGGACUGCGGCCUUCCAAGCUGCGCCACGUGUACCAUGCGAACGGCCAGAUGCGUCUGCCCCACAAGGACCCCGAGGGGAGGCCCAUAUUCGUCCUCAGGAUAGGCUGCUGGAAGCCGUGCGACUACGACUACUACCAGCUGCGCAAGGCGAACAUGCUGUGCCUGGAGGACAUCUGCCUGGACCCCGCGGUGCAGGUCAAAGGGCUCGUCUGCAUCCUGGACUGCCGCGGCUGGGGGCUGCAGCACUUGCUCGCCUUCCCCAUCUCCCAGGUCCGCAAGACCAUCGACCUGCUGCAGGACUGCCUGCCGGCGCGGUUCAAGGCCGUUCACGUGGUUUACCAGCCGUCGGUGUUCAACGUGUUCUUCUCGUUGGCCAAGCCUUUCCUCACCACCAAGAACAUCAACAGGAUACACAUCCACGGUUCAGACAUGGCGUCGUUGCACCAGUACCUCCCGCCCAGCAUCCUCCCCGAGGAAUACGGCGGGGUGCACGGCCCCUUCGACAACACCAAGUACUGCCAGGGCCUAUACGACCGGGAGGACAGCUUCGUCCAGGACCUGAAGUACGGGUACUGCACCUGAGCGGCGAGAACGGAGGAGAGAGAGAGAGAGAGAUGCACUACGCGCAGUCGGCUCGGGACCGCGCUCGACCCAAGAGGCACAGAGGCUUCGACGCGACCCGAGCGCCGAUACCUUACGCGUCUCCGAAGGAAUCACGCUACAGCUGCGAGCGCGAUGACGAAUGUUCAACGACUUCUCUCUGUUCUUGUUUUCCUCUCAUUCUUUUUUUAAGUUCCCUGCUGGUUUUUGUUUAUUCCAGAGCGCAGGUUGACUCGUCGGAGUUAACAAAAAAAAAAUGAAGUGAAAUUUGCGCUGUCGAAGAACACGAGGCACUCGUUGGGGUAUAGGCGGCGCCGAUUGCCGUUGGCUCGGCUAAGCGUGUAUAUAUUUCUUAAAUGCCGGCGUCUCUUCGACUGCUAUACGUAGCGCGUCGAUUCACACAAGCGCCUUCCAGCCCAUAUAUA